CUUUCCCCCCUCCUUCCCCGUGCCGGCCGCCAUCUUGAAUUUUAAUGUGAAUUUCUGGAAAUUUUUUUGUUUCCUGAGAUACUCUGCCGAAAGGAUUUCAUGCCGUUUCUGGGCUCCUGUCGGGGAGCAGCCGCAGCACGAGAGAAAGGUCGAAGAAACACACUUGGGCUCAUCUAUCCACACACCGCAGGGCUCCUUCAACACAGAGACUAAAUGCAACUGGACCAGGUGGCCUGUUGGUAUGAAGUGGCUGGGAGAAUCCAAGAACAUGGUUGUAAAUGGCAGACGUCAUGGCAGCAGGUUCUCCAGUGAGCAGCCACUGAGCCAGCCACGGGCGCAGCAUCCCCAGCGGGCCCCGCUGCGCCACACCAAGAGCUCCCACAGCGGCCGCAGAUGUAGCCGAAGGUUUGGUGCUGCCCCCCUGGAGGCAGAGAGGCGCUAUGUCCCCUCCUCGGGGAUGACAGCCAAGGAGCUGUGUGAAAAUGAUGACCUGAGCACCAGCCUGAUCCUUGACCCCUACCUUGGCUUUCAGACCCACAAGAUGAAUACCAGAUUUCGGCCCAUCAAGGGGAGGCAGGAGGAGCUGAAGGAGGUGAUAGAAAGCUUCAAGAAGCAUGAUGACCUGGAGAAGGCCUUCCAGGCCUUGACUUCGGGAGACUGGGCCCGCCACUACUUCCUGCACAAGAACAAGGCCCAGGAGAAACUAUUUAAAGAGCAUGUGUUUGUUUAUUUGCGAAUGUUUGCAACUGACAGCGGGUUUGAGAUACUUCCAUGUAAUCGUUACUCGUCAGAGCGAAAUGGAGCUAAAAUAGUUGCGACGAAAGAGUGGAAGAGGAACGAUAAGAUUGAGUACCUAGUGGGUUGCAUCGCUGAGCUUUCCGAGUAUGAGGAGAACAUGCUCCUUCGACACGGGGAGAAUGACUUCAGCGUUAUGUACUCCACCCGGAAGAACUGCGCUCAGCUGUGGCUGGGUCCUGCUGCCUUCAUCAACCACGACUGUCGGCCAAAUUGCAAGUUUGUGUCCACUGGUCGGGACACGGCUUGUGUCAAGGUUCUUAGGGACAUAGAACCGGGGGAAGAAAUCUCCUGUUACUACGGUGACGGCUUCUUUGGGGAAAAUAAUGAGUUUUGUGAAUGCUACACUUGUGAAAGGCGAGGCACUGGUGCUUUCAAAUCCAAAGCUGGCCUCCCUGUAGCAGUUCCAGUGAUUAACAGCAAGUAUGGACUUAGGGAGACAGACAAACGUCUCAACAGGCUCAAAAAGCUGGGCGAGGGCAGCAAGAACUCCGACAGCCAGUCUGUGGGCUCCCACACCGAUGCAGAUUCUCAGGAAGUGCCUGGCGCACAGUCUUCUGCACGGAAAAGGACGUCCGCUAGUGUGAAAAAGUUCACCAAAACUCGGACUUUAACCAGACAGUCAUUGUCAAGAACUCCUACCUCUACCUCAACUUCUAAACAAAGUCAUACAAAUAACUCCAGGGUACCAAAGAGACUGAAAUCAAAACCUGCAAAGCCUUUGCCCUCUAAAGUCAAGCUGAGGAACAGAUGCCGUGGAUCAGAGCAGAAGACCACCUCUAAAAUGGAUGCGCCAGCCCUGGGCCUCAAAGAGCCCAAGGUGGUCCUGUGCAAGAAUGUCCCGGUGAAGAAAGAGGACGCAAGAGGGCCUGCUCGGGUGGAGAGCUCGAGGGGCUGCUGGACACACCACACGGCGAAGGAGAACAAUCAUGACUCUCUCAAGGGUGCUCCUCUUUGUGACGGAAGCCUAUCAUGCACUUACAGAACUCGAAGGUCAGCCAGAACUCAGGAGGCUGCCAGCAUUAAGCUUGAACCAAACCCACUGGAGGGCCUUAUGCCUAUUCCAGGUGGUGUGGUCGUCAAAACUGAGCCCGUGGAAGAGUGUGUCACUCCAGGGCUGGUGCUCAACAAGCCGAACCUGGAAGGCAGUUGCUCCAGGAAGGGUGCCUGCCCGCGGCGGAAACGGCUGCAGGUCAAGCCAGAGCGGACAAUAAAGGUUGAGGAAGGGCCUUUCGUUCAGCAAGACCUGUGCAGCACAGAGAUGACCGACUGCGGAAAGAUGCUUCUGGGCCUUCCAGACAGAUCUCGGGAUUACAACGGCGUAGCAAACUGUGGAAAGUUCCUUGGCCGGGACAAGUCCAAAGGAACUUGCCGGGGCCUAGCCAAGGGCAAGAAAAAGCGACAGAUCACUCGCUAUGAUGCACAGCUGAUAGUGGAGAACAACUCGGGGAUCCCCAAGCUAACUCUGCGUCGACGAAGGGAUAGCAGCAGUAGCAAAACCAAUGAGCCCAGUGAGGCAGACAUGGUGAACUCUUCAAAGAUCAGCAUCAAGUUUAGCAAGGACCAUGACAAGGAGAAGAGUGGCUCAUAUGUGGCCAGGUUGAACAACGGCUUUGGCUCCGGGGCCCACAGCAGCUCCACCAAGCUAAAGAUCCAGCUGAAGCGUGAGGAGGACAGCCGAGCCGUCACUCAAGCUCAUGCGGACGAGCUGAUCUCAAAUGGGGUUGGUGCUGGGCAUUUAGGGGAGGGUCUCGAGCCUGUAAGUGGAGGACAGCUAACGCAGACCACGGACGAGUCGUCGUCUUCGGAGGAAGAGGAAGACUACUUUGACGAUGAGUUUGAGGAUGACUUCAUUCCGCUUCCGCCAGCAAAACGUCUUCGACUUAUUGUGGGGAAAGAUUCCAUAGACAUAGAUAUCUCCUCAAGGAGAAGAGAAGAUCAAUCUCUUAGGCUCAAUGCAUAAGCUCUGAGGGUCUUUUCUUGACCUUAAUGUACAUAAUGUUUAUUUGCAAUCAGUGUUGAUUAUAAAAAAAAAAAAAAAAAAAAAAAACUAGUUUUUGGGGGAAAGAGGCUAUGAAAUACAUAGAGAUAAAAGAAUGAUAUAUGAAAUCAUGUAAAAUUUAGUGAAGGUAAUUCUAUAUUCAUUAUGUACAGACAUGUAGAAAAUGUACAGUAUAUGAACUCUUAAGAACCUGAUGUGCAGAUUUUUAUUGUACUUUUUAUUAACCACACAAUGUGCAAUUUUGAAUUCUGUUGAUAGCUUGGGUUUGUAGAAAAAAGGCUGAAAAGGAUCUAAUUGCGGUCAAUGAUUAUUAGUUAUUGGGAAACACAGUGAUGAUACUUUAAGCGUCUCCAGCUCUGCAGUUCUUAUCCCUUCUAAGGGUUCCUAAUACCGGUGUAUAUGAGUGUGUGAAUAGUGUGUAUAUACAUAUAUUACAUUGCCUUGUGAAAUGUAUAGGGAAGAAGUUAAAAAAAAAAAAAAAAUGUACAGAACAACUGGGUUAAAUUAUAUUUAAUUUUUAUUAUUAACAAGUGAAACUCAUUGAGUUAUGUUUGACAUGUCUCAACUGCUGAAGACCCCUGAUGAAUGGGGUUCAUGGUGCUUCGUGUGGUGGUGCUUGCUCAGGUUGUCUCCUGAGAGUGAGGAGCGGACUACCGUGGAGCUGCAAUCAUACAUUGCUUAAAAAAAAAAGUACCGAAACUAUGAGUUUUUACCCUCUUCUAUCCCUCUGCAACUUGAUGGGGAAGGACAGGUCAGUUGGGUUUGGCAUUGGCAGCCUUCCCGGUUCUCCAGGAUAAAGCGCAGCCCGUCAGCCACCCGCUCACUUGUUGCGAAGGAGGGGCUCCUUCUUUGAACAGUUUGCUGCUGCAAAGGUGAUUAGUGGCCACUGUAGAGUUUGCCCCCCCCCCCCCCAGGUGCACUGUUGGCUGUUUAGCACACAACAGUAAUGGGUGUUCAGUGUAGGAUCCUCCAUUCUUCUGUCUCCUUUCUGUGAUUUAAUUUGGCUUAAAAUGUUUUGAUGCAAUGCUUUCUCAUGCCCUGUUCCACAGAAGCAGUAUGCAUUCCUUCCAAAUUCGUAUAAAAAUGGGCACUUUGAUCUUUUGAAUUUGUGGGAAUAAAUACAUUGUUGGUACAAUAUCCAAAAGUGCUGGAAAAGCUCUGCUGUGUUUGAACUGAAACAAUUAGCCCCCUUCCUGUUCUGUGGCUUUUUAUCAGGCCUUAAGUGGGGCUGGUUCGACACUUCUAAACAAGUAUGUUCAGAAUGAAACUCUGGGGUGGUUAUUAGCCAUAAUUUUAGCCAUGAAAUUUUACUGAGUACAUUGACAAUAUAAUGUUGCAUUACUUACCCUCAGUCCUUCUGUAUAUUAUUUUUAUGUUGGCGGUGUCCAUGUUGUCAACUGUUACAAGAUGUUUGGGAUUUUCAUUCACCCUUGUAUGUACUGCUCCUAUCACCAGCAGCCUGGUGCAGCUUUGAACUCUGCAAAACGUGUUCCCUCUCUCCCCCCUCCCUCCCUUUAACAUGUCCAUCUUACACUGUGUGCUGUUCCAGGUGAACUGUCUGUAAUUUCUGUCAAGUAGCCAACUGUCAGAUGGAAUUCCAGUUGAUUUGAGGAAUACCUGUGAAUAUUUUGCAGAAGUUUGCAAGCAUUAUGUGUACAAGAGUAGCAGGAUACAGUGACCAGUUUUGAAGGGGGAAAUACUGAUGUUGCCCACUGAAUCAUGAGAAUACCUUGUACUUAUUUAAUAGUUUUGAAUACUUGAAAACAAGAUAAAAGUUUCUUUGCAAGACUGA